UUACAUCCCUCUCCUCCACGCAGCAGCACAGUAGAGGUAGCUCGCGCGGGCAACCGAAACCUUUCCUUAUUCUUGCAAGGUCUCGGAAACGGAAAGCCCCCUGCUCCGCUGCGCGUUUGCGGGUUUGGGAAGGAGCUCGGCCGGAAGGGGAAACGGGCGACGACAUGGGGCGUGGGCGCAGCGAGAUAAAGAGGAUCGACAACCCCACGCAGCGCCAGUCCACCUUCUACAAGCGCAGGGACGGCCUCUUCAAGAAAGCCCGGGAGCUCGCCGUCCUCUGCGACGCCGACCUCCUCCUCCUCCUCUUCUCCGCCUCCGGCAAGCUCUACCAGUACCUCGCGCCCACCGCCCCCUCUGUCAAGGAGUUCGUCGAGAGGUACGAGGCCGCGACGCACACCAAGGUUUGGUCCGACAUCCGCCAGGAGAGGCGCGCCGAGCUGGAGAAGGUGGCCAAGAUGUGCGACCUCUUGGAGAAGGAGCUGAGGUUCAUGACGGUGGACGACGGGGAGCAGUACACGGUGCCGUCGCUGGCGGCGCUGGAGCACAACCUGGAGGCGGCCAUGCACAAGGUGCGCUCCGAGAAGGACCGCAAGAUCGGGGGCGAGAUGACCUACCUCGAGAACAUAAUCAGGGGGAAACAAGCGGAGCGCUACGGCCUGUGUGACAAGCUUGCUCAUGCUCAGAGCCUCAAGGUCGCGGAAGGAGGGUCCACCUCGCUGAACAACGGCCUGGACCUCAAACUUGGAUUCAACUAGGAACGGAUGAAAGCUUCUGGCCGUGUGGGGUUCUGCUCUAGUGUUGCUUUGAGCUCCAGUGUUAUGUCAGUUUGAAAUAUGCUGCAAUUGCCUUCUCAGGGAUUGUAAACUUGUAAGAGACGACUGUCUUAUGCGAUGUUUGGUUUAGGCUGGGCUGGACUGGACUGGGUUUGUACCUCGAAUAGGUGGAAUGUGAUACCAGUCCAGUAUAUUGCAAUAACGUAGUUAACGGUCA